UAAUUAGUAGUGGGAUUGCGAUGAUACGGAGGGGUGGUAUAUGCCUGAGGAACUCUAUAAAACUACACCAGAUAAGGAACUUCACUCCCACUGCAGAACACGAGGCUCUGAGAGAGAACCUCCUGAAACUAAUAGAGAAGGAGAUAAACCCGCACUGUGCGAAGUGGGAGGAGCAAAAGAGUUUCCCAGCUCAUGAAGUGUUUAAAAUACUAGGGGAUGCAGGCUACCUGGGUAUCUCCAAACCAGUCGAGUAUGGAGGAAUGGGUUUGGACAUCAGCUACGAAGCUGUGGCUGCUGAAACGUACGCGUAUAUCAACUCAGGGGGAGUAGGGAUGGGUAUUGGCAUCCAAUGUGACAUCGCCACCCCAGUACUUGUAAAACACGGCACUAAGAAGUUGAAAGAGUUGUUCUUGAGACCCACCAUCUCCGGAGAGAAGGUGGCUUGUUUGGGAGUUAGUGAGGUUGGUGGAGGGUCAGAUGUUGCUUCACUGAAGACCACUGCGCGAAGGGAUGGGGACGAUUGGGUCAUUAACGGCGGGAAGAUGUGGACCACAAACGGAGCACAAGCUGAUUGGAUGUGUCUGCUGGCGAACACUUCUAAGGGAGACCAUCACCGGAACAAGUCUCAGUUUUGUGUCCCUAUGGAUACCCCUGGGGUGGCAGUUCACAGGGUGAUAGAUAAGAUGGGCAUGCACGCCUCUGACACAGCAGAGAUAACGUUUGAUAAUGUCCGAAUUCCACACGAUCACAUUAUCGGAGAGGAAGGAAAGGGUUUCACUUACCAGAUGCAGACAUUCCAGAACGAACGCAUCUACAUAGCGGCGGGUACGAUAGCAGCAAUGGAUAGGUGCAUGGCAGAGACUAUUGAGUACACAUCGCAGAGACAGGCGUUUGGAAAGUCUAUCCUUGAUAACCAGUACGUCCAUUACAAGCUGGCUGAGUUUCAAACCGAGUUGGAGUGUGUUCGGGCUCUGUAUUAUAAGUGUAUUGACGACUAUAUAGCCGGAGAAGACAUCACCCCUCUUGCUACAAUGUUGAAAUUGAAGUCUGCUAGAUUAGCUAGACAACUUACAGAUGGUUGUCUCCAGUUCUGGGGAGGUAUGGGUUAUACGGACGACGUCCUUGUCUCCAAGAUGUUCCGGGAUUUGAGGCUAAUGUCCAUCGGAGGUGGAGCAGAUGAAGUGAUGUUGAGUAUUCUUUGCAAAUUCAUGGGCACCUCACCUGACAUGCGAUGAG